GUUGAAAACAAGGGAAAGAUAAUUUCAAUACGCAUAUGCACGGAUUAUUAGUCUUGCUAUUGAAAUAUGUUGGAGUGUACGAUACGAAAUUUGCUUCUUCUAAGCGUGCUUUUGAGUAAUGUAAUAAUAAGCGACUGUGCCGGUGGACGAGGACGGGGAGGAGGGAAGAGGGGAUAUAACCGUUUACACUCACGUAUGCCCAUAAUGAUACAACAUCGGAACUCCAACUCAGAUUAUUACGAGCACAAAGAUGGUGCUAGAAUUGUGCAGGCAAGUCACUUUGAACAGGAUUACAUGCUGGGUCGCAAAAUUUCAUUCUUUUGCAUGGCACAAGGUCUGCCUCGACCGGAGAUUACAUGGUUUAAAGAUGGCGUCGAGCUGUAUUACCACAAGUUUUUCCAGGUACACGAAUGGCCUGUGGGUAAUGACACGAUGAAAAGCAAAAUGGAAAUUGAUCCGACUACACAGCAAGAUGCGGGGUAUUACGAGUGCCAAGCCAACAAUCAAUAUUCGAUUGAUAUUCGUGGUUUCAGAACGGAUUAUGUCAUGGUUACUUAUUAAGUGUUGAUUGAUUGUAAAAUGGACAAAAAAAUAAAUGAUGAUUUAUACUCAA